UUGCAUAAACCGUUAUUACAUUCACAACUGUGGAGAGAGAGAAAAAAAAAAGCAAGGAAAAAUGGCGGGAGUAGCAGGGCUUCACCGGAAAAUGCAGCUAUUACCACCUCCACCAAAUACACUUCCUCGUCGUUCCUUCUCCGUCGAUCGCGAAAAGACUUGUCCUUUGCUGCUUCGGGUUUUCACUAAGAUUGGCAGUCAUCAUAGCAAGGAGGACUUUGCAGUCAGAGGAAAGGAGCCCAAAAAUGAAUUUCAAAUCUAUACAUGGAAGGAUGCUACUCUUCGGGAGUUGACUGAUCUGGUAAAGGAGGUAACCCCGGAAGCUAAAAGGAGACAUACAAGGUUGUCUUUUGCUUUUGUGUUCCCUGAGAAACUUGGCCAUUUCGUGGUUAGGCCGGUAGGAGAAACAUUCGCAUAUGGUAACAGAAAGGUAGAUGAUGACAAGCCAUUGGCUCAACUUGGUUUUCAGAUUGGUGACUAUUUGGACGUGGCAAUUUUCUAGACUGAUAUCGCCAACAACAUUAUUGAAGUUGCUAACAAAAGUGAAAUAUAUAUAUCACAGCAAAGAUUAUCUAAGCUUGGUAUUCGACUGGAUAAUUUUAGGGUGCUCAUACUAAUCAGUCUUUUUGGAAGCUUAAAAGCUUAUCUGUAGACUUACUGUCCUGUUUGAAGAGUAUGCAGAGCUCAUAAUCUCUAAAGAUGCUUAUUUUGGCUGUGCAUAUUUUGAGUAUUAACAUUAGAUGCUGGCAUUGGUUUGGUCUAAGCUUCGGAGAAUGGUAUCAGUGUUUAACCUUGUAGAUUAUGGCCUGUGGGCGGAAUGCCGAUUUUGGUUCUGAAGUUUGUUACAUUUUGUACUAGUCAUUCAUCAAUCUCAGAAGUCAGAAUCAUAUCGUUCGACAUAACUGCUUGUUUUUAGUUUUUUGUUUCAACUUUUGAAAGUUGUAUGAAAUAAGUUUUACUUUC